GGAGGUCAAAAUGGAUUCCCCAAUAAAGCCGUGGGAGAGAAGAAACCCAAAUUCAAUGCAUAAUAUCCCAUCAAAUAUUGGCCAGGGCGGCUUAACAAGACCUCGCACUAAUGUGUUUGGAGACAACACCAGAUCGAUGGGGCCAUCUGUCCCACGGCGACCAAACAAGCCAGCUAGUACCUCACUGUCUGGUGCCUAUGGACCAUCUUCGUACAGCUCUGGUCUGGGGAGCUUCGGUGGCUAUAGCAGCAUGAUGAGUCCAUACAGCAUGUACGGAGGGGGCGGAGGGAUGUAUGGAGGAUAUGGGAGGAUGGGGUACGGAGGGAUGAGCACCGGUGUCUCUACAAACAGAUUUGUACGUCUAGCCGAAGAGAGCUCUAGACCUGCAUUUGAGUCUUUAGAGAGUAUCGUCCAGGCUGUCGGGUCUAUCGCAAUGGUGCUAGAAUCAACGUUCUUCGCUGUAAAUAGUUCAUUCAGAGCUGUGAUAGGACUUGCUGACCACUUUACUAGGUUAAAGACACAGUUUUCUGCCAUCAUUUCAGCAUUUACUGUGAUAAGGACGCUGAGAUACCUCUAUAGGAAGGUUCUCUUCAUGUUGGGGUUUCGUAAGGAAAGUCCAGUAGACGAUGCUUGGGUUGAGGCUAAGGCUGAGAACAUUGUAAACGACCUAAAGAAGAACAAAUCCAGCUGGCCUGUCCUGCUGUUCUUUGUUAUAGUGUUGGGCGGGCCAUAUCUUAUCUGGAAACUUCUCCACAACUUCAUGAAUUCGGAUGAAGUCGAACAGUGGGCCACCGGUGAUGCUGAUCAUUUCCUGGCUGAGGGUCAAUUCGACUUUGAAGGUGAAAGUGAUGAUGAACUCAGCUUUGAAGCCGGCCAGAAAAUUUUGGUUGCCCCAAAAGAACUCCAGCCGCAGAUGCGAGACUGGCUGUUAGCGAGUGUGACUGGUAAGGUCGGCCUGAUUCCUUUGAACCACAUACGGAUACUCGGAAAACGAAGAGGAAAGAAACAACGUCAACAGUUCAAGGAAGAAGCACAUGAUGUCUGGCAGGAUGUGACGCCCAAGCCCCAGGCAGAGGAUACGAGUAUGACAGAUGCGCAGAGAGUCCCUGCGAAUGAAGCAGUAAAGGACAAACAUGUGGCCUUUUGGGAUGAAGUUGGUGAUAGCAGCCAUCAAGGUUGUGAUGGAGAUGGUCUUGUGGACUGUGAAUUUGUUGAUAGAGUUGAUGAUGAAGUGGAAACCAAGAUUGCUCCUGAUAAGGAUGAACCAGUUUAGAUUGCCAAACUCGUCCUCCUUCAACUUGCUAUCACAAUCACAAGGUGGACAAUAUGAACUGAUGAAACAUUUACCAUAUCAAGAAAAUAUCUCAUCUUCACUCCGACAAACUGAACAGCUUUUCAUUUGGACUACCCAUGUUAGGAGUAUAUUUUGUUGGUUUUAUGUUUUUGAUUCCACCUUUGAUUGGUAUGUUCGUACUGUCUUACUCGUCCUGGCUGAUUCAGGCGACCAUGUCACUGAUGGUAACAUGGGGUAUUAAUUUGGUGCUGCUUUGUGUAUAUAUACUUGUAAAUAAUGUGAAUCGUUCAUGAAAGUGAAACGAGGUAAAUGGGGCCAUAUGAGUUUGUGAAUGUUGGCUAUGGUACAUGAAUGGGUAAUUUGCAUGAAUGGGUAUUUCAGUGAAAUAAAGUGGCCAUUUCCUGGAUCUGAUUCAUUCUGAGUGUUUCGAUAUGCAGACAGAAACAGUUGCAGUUUGUGUUCAUUUGAAAAAUUUGCUGUGGACGAUUGGGCUGAUCACUGGCUUAUUUAUGUGUAAAUAUUUAUCAUGUGCUGAUGACUUUAAUUCAAUCAAACAACCAAUAAACAUUGGAUAAUUAACAAAACGUUUCACUUUACUACUUGCUACUCCUAUUUGAACC